AUGGAGCAAGACCCCGAGCAGCAUCGAGAGUUCACAAAGUCCAGUGUCGUGAUCGUUGGCGGGGGCUUUUCGGGGAUGUGCAUGGCGAUCAAGCUGCUAGAAGCCGGAAUUCGAGAUUUUAUCAUCCUUGAAAAAAGCACUGGCUUUGGAGGGACGUGGAAGGAUAACGCAUAUCCUGGAUGCUGUUGUGAUGUGCUUUCGACCCUCUACAGCUAUUCGUUCGAGCAGAAUCCGAAUUGGUCGAGACGAUACCCCGCUCAAGGGGAAAUUCUUGACUAUGUGAGGGAGGUAGCCACCAAGUACAAGCUAUACUCAUUCGUGCGAUUCGGCUCCGAGGUCACCGAAGCGACUUGGGAUAAAGCGUCGAAGGAAUGGAACGUCUCUGUCCGAAUGCUGUCUAGUAAGGAAGCCGAGGCUUGCGAUAGUUACACUAUCCAGACAAAUUUCUUCAUUUCGGGAGUUGGGCAACUCAACCAACCGUACUGGCCACAAAUUCCAGGCCAAGAGUGUUUCCAUGGGAAGAUCAUGCAUGCGGCGCGAUGGGACUGGAGCUAUGAUUUGACAGGAAAGCGCAUCGCAAUUAUUGGAAACGGGGCCGCUGCUGUUCAAAUUGCCCCGGAAGUAGCCAAGGUGGCGUCACAACUCACCAUUUUCCAGAGAACGCCCAAAUGGGUUAUUCCGAGGUUGGAUGAUGAGGUACAGGAGUGGAAGAGGGGUCUGCUCCGGAACGUGCCCUUCCUGCUUCCCAAAAUCCGAGCUCUCAUCAUGGAUCGCAAUGAAGGGACCUAUGAGUCCCUCAUCAGACGUGGAUCUGCGGAAUCUGCCGAGUUGACCAAAGAAAGCAUCGCAUUCCUGCACUCGGAGCUUCCGGAUCGCCCAGACCUAUGGGAGAUACUUACACCAAACUAUGCGCCGGGAUGCAAGCGGAUUCUCAUCACUGACGACUAUUACAAGACUCUUCGUCUUCCUCAUGUCGCUCUGGAGACUAGAGACAUCGGAACGAUCACGGAGGAGGGCAUCCAUGUGGGCCCUCCGAAGACAGAAGGAGAGUCCUUGGGAUUUGACCUGAUUGUAUUUGCUACAGGAUUUCAGACUCAACAGUUCCUGCACGGCAUCGACGUGCGUGGGGUUGAUGGUCGACCAUUGGGAGACAUUUGGGAGAAAGGCGCCAGUGCGCUGUACGGUAUCACAGUCGAGAGCUUGCCUAAUUUUGGCAUUCUCUAUGGUCCUAAUACGAAUCUGGGCCACAACUCCAUCAUUCUGAUGAUCGAGGCACAAGCACGGUACCUCCUAACAAUUGUCAAAGAGGUUCUGAAAUUUGCCCAGCGAGGUCAAGGACUGGUCAUUACUCCACGGCUAGGCAGGCUCCGGGAAUGGAAUGCUCAACUGCAAAAAGACUUGGAUAAGACUACGUUUGCCGAUCCACUAUGUAGCAGUUGGUAUAAGAACAAGGACGGCCAUAUCACCAACAACUGGGGCGGAACUGUGGUUGAGUAUCAGAAGCUCCUCUCCAAGGUGGAUUGGUCUGACUUCGAACUCGAACAAGACGACAGGGACCCUUCCUCGUUACCAUCUGGAGCAGUGACCAUUGGAAGAGUUGUGGAAGAAUCGUUGGUUCGGCCGCAAGCCAUGAUUGGCGGUGUUGCUGUCGGUGCACUCGCUACCGUCAGUUAUCUUGUGUAUCGAAAUCGUCGGAGGAUUCCUCUCCUUGAUUGA